CCUCUCAUCCUCCAGUGAACCACUAACACCCGACGGGGUGAGCGAGCGGUGCGUGUGUACAUCUUGGUCUUCAUUCACAGUUAUUCGCAGGUUUCGCUGGUUGCGUGGUGGAAUUUCUCUUUUGUUUGACCAAGGAAGAUGCAACCAACGUGACCCCUUAGUUGUUAACUAAAGUUAGUUAAUUUAAGUGCAAAGUUAGCUUUAUUAUAUUUUAUCAAAAAUAUCUAAUGCACCUCAUUAGCAUAUAGUUACCACACAACAUCAGCUGGAACAAUGUGGCCUACUAGACGAUUACUGAAGUACGGCAUUCUCGGCGGAUCCCUGCUCGGGACUGCGCUUAGUUUACACGCCAACGAUUAUGACCUUAACUCGAUUGGUAUCGUACGGUUAGGCCGUACCGGCGCGACCGUUUUUGACAUCGCUUCCACUUACAAGGCGAAUCUUUACAAGCAGGAGUGGCCCGAUAAAAAAGAUCCAGCAUACCUGAAGCUGAAGAGUGAAACCCACAAGCUAGCCGCAGAAAAGCUGCUGGAGCUGUGCCGAGCUAACCGUGGGGUGUACAUCAAGGUAGGGCAGCACAUUGGGGCGCUGGAGUAUUUGCUCCCGUAUGAAUACGUGAAUACGAUGAAAAUUCUGCAUAGCAACGCUCCGCAGAACCCUAUCGAAGAUUUGUACAAGGUAAUACGACAAGAUUUGAAAGUGAAUCCGGAGGAUAUUUUUUCUUCGUUCGAUGCGGAGCCACUCGGAACAGCAUCACUGGCUCAAGUGCAUAGGGCAACGCUCAAGGAUGGCACGGAAGUAGCCGUGAAAGUGCAACAUCCCUACGUGAAGGGAAAUUCAAUAGUUGACAUAAAGACAAUGGAAGUUUGUGUUAAGCUAGUCUCGUGGGCAUUUCCAGAUUUCAAGUUUCAGUGGUUGGUGAAGGAAACGAAACGAAACAUACCUAUAGAAAUGGACUUCGAGCAUGAAGGUCACAACGCGGAGAAGGUGGCGGAAAUGUUUAAGGAUUACCGCUGGUUGAAAAUUCCUAAAAUCUUUUGGGAAUAUACAACGUCUCGCGUGCUAGUCAUGGAAUAUGUUCAGGGUGGUCAAGUUAACGAUUUAGACUAUAUUAAAAAGGAAAAGCUCGACCCGUACGAUAUCGCAAACAAGAUCGGGCAGCUCUAUUCGAACAUGAUUUUCUUGAAAGGAUUCGUUCACAGCGAUCCGCACCCCGGAAACAUACUGGUACGCAAGAGUAGCAAGGGGGAAAACGAAGUAAUAUUGCUUGAUCAUGGGUUGUACGCUUCACUAACUGACAAGUUCCGAUACGAGUACUCUAAAUUAUGGCUUAGUAUACUGAAAGUAGAUCAAGCUGGUAUGAAAAGGCACGCCCAUGCACUUGGAGUGGAAGGUAGUAUGUGGGGUCUGUUUGCCUGUAUGGUUACCGGACGGCCUUGGAAUUCGGUGAUUAGUGGAAUCGAUAAAGUCAAACAGGACGAGAGCGAGAAAGAAAUGAUUCAAAAGGAGGGAAAGCUGGUCAUUCCGCACAUUUCCGACGUAUUGGAAAAAGUCGACCGACAGAUGCUGCUGGUGCUGAAGACGAACGAUUUGAUAAGGGGAAUCGAAACGACGCUGAAAACACAAAACCGCAUGACCGCCUUCUGGGUUAUGAGCAAGUGCUGCAUUAAAAACGUUGGCAAUCGGGAAUACAUGGAGGCACCCGAUCCCUGGCAGAAGCUAUCGACCUGCCUGCGCGAGAAUUGGGCAAUUCUGAAGCUGAAUCUGUACUAUCUGUAUCGAGGCUUAAUCACUUUCCAACUGCUGUCCGCACUGAGGAUGAUUUUCUAGGAAGAACAAAAACCAGUUCGAUUUAAAGCUCUCUGCGAGGAAAAAAAAACAAUCCGUGUGAUGCUUUCUGGGUGUUGGGUAGAAAAAAACGUCAAUUGCUAUCCGCAAAAUGGGAGUUUUCGUUUGUUUAAAAUUAGUUACCUUAAAAAACAGGAAACGAAAAAGCGUAGUGUUAAAAGGCGCUAUUGUUGUUUGAUUUCAACAUGUGUAUAAUAUUAAGUACAGGAAGUGUCGCAUGAAGUCUCAUUAAGUAAAAUGUUUUGCAAUAUGCCAAUAAGCUUUAAUUGUUGUCAGACAAAUUGGUGCUUUCUAAAUUCAUCCAUAUAUUUGGAACUACUAGAAGAAUCAGUUUGUAUUUCGUAGAAAAGAAAUUCGUUGAUUUUUUUCGAUUUUCAAAACUAGUUGAACGGUGGAGGAGAUGCAAACCCUCGUGCAAUGUAAGAACGAUACGCGGACAAUAAGACUGGGGAAGAAAAUCUACAAAAUUUCAUUGGAUGAUCGUCGACUGUGAAUACGCAAGCUAGUAGACAUAGAGACAACUGCCUUUUAAGAAAGUGAAAACAGCUUCAUCCAUUGGCAAGGUCAGGGCAGCGGUUUUCUGGAUGCGCGUGGCAUAGUUUUUCCGCGUACUUUCCUCUAUGAUGACACUAAUGAUAAAUAUAGUUUCGUAUGUUCUAGAAA